AUGGAAGGCUCCUUCGAAGACCGGUGGCCGAGCCACCGCCACCGCCGCCGCCGCAGCCUUGCCGAUCUGAAUGCCGACGAGCCGAAUGAAGGCGAGUUCGUCCCGGGGCACCACUACCACCCCGGUAUGAAGAGCGAGAAGUACUACGACGACCGCGAUCCCUCAAGCGAUUCAGACGAGACCAUCAGCGACUCCGUGCGGGCGAACUACGGCGCCGCCAGCCCGUCCUGCGCCGCGGCGAACGACAACGGCGCCGCCAGUUCGUCCCCCGUCCCCGCCGACACCGCGGCGGUGCUCGCCUGCCCCUUCUGCUGGAAGGAGUUCCGCAGCCACAAGGCCGUGUGCGGGCACAUGAAGGUUCACCGGGAGCAGGGGAUCAAGAAGGACAGGGAGGCCAAGCGCAACGUCAACGUGGCUGCCGUGGGGCGCCGCUGGGCCGCCACCGGCAAUCGAGGCUGCUCGGGGUCGAGGGGAAGGGCUGCCUCUACGAAUGCCGAAUCGGACCAAUCCAUGGCCGCUGUGGUGGCUGCAGAGUCCAAGAUUGUCUUGCAGCCCAAGCCUUUGGCGUUUGCACCGCCCAAUCCGUCGUCCGUGCCCACGGCGACCGCAGCACCCAAGAUGCCGUCCAUGCCCGCGGCGUCCGCAACGGCCAAUGAUUCCUUCGAGAGCAGCAGCCCGAAGCCGAUGCACAAGGACGCCAUGGAGACUGCGGUCGCAAGAGCAGCUAAUCCACUCAUGGAAGAUGCCGUCCACCUACAUGCCGCGCCGCCGCCUGCUGCACCCGUCCACCAGCAGCUCGUUGCGCCGCCGCCUGGAGAUCGGCGGAGUCCGAAAGGGUAUACAUGCAAGAAGUGCGGUAUGUGGUUCCGAACGCACCAGGGGCUCGGCGGCCACAUGGUUGGCCACAAGAACAGGGAGAGGGAGCUGGCUCCCGCCGCGGUCCAGGACGGCGCCGUCCCGUACCGCAGCAACGCCAAGCCGGAGAAGAUGCACGUGUGA